CGGAUUGAUGUCUCGAGCGACUCCGAGGCGUUAGCUUUUGUUUACCUCAAAAAUCUCACACGGACUUUUAUAUAAUAAAACACAUAAACUUCGUGUUUAAAAAUUAAAAUACGUCGAUGGUUGGUUUAUAUAGAAAAAAAAAUUGAUACAAAGAAUAUGGCAACCAGGCUGAAAGGACGAGGGAAAGUACAGCAGGAGACAGCUGAGUGGGACAGUUUGUUUCAUCAUGAGCUGAGCACCCAGGAGCAAUCGCUGGUGUUUGUUAAACGAAUGCUGGUACUUUCAGUAUCCUCAAUAACUUACCUACGAGGGAUUUUUCCAGAAGAUGCGUAUCGUUCUCGUUACUUAGAAGAUUUAUGCAUCAAAGUUCUCAGGGAGAACUGCUCAUCUCCAGGUGCCUGCAAAAUUGUUAAGUGGAUGAUGGGUUGUUUUGACGCUCUGGAGAAGAGAUAUCUGCAAAUUGUGCUAAUCGGGGUGCACAGAGACCCAGAUGACACAAAUCACGUCAUAGAAUCUUACCAGUUCAAGUUCAAAUACACAGAACACGGGCCGCAGAUGGACGUCCUCAGAAACGAUAACAUCGAGAUGAGGGUGACCAUGGAGGACACUAAGAAGGCCUCUGUGCUCCUGAUCAGAAAGCUGUUUCUCCUAAUGCAGAAUCUGGAUGCGCUGCCUGAUGACGUCUCCCUCACCAUGAAGCUCUACUACUAUGACGAUGUCACACCACAAGACUAUGAGCCGCCAGGAUUCAAGGAGGGACUGUGUGAUAGCCUGUGGUUCGAGGGCACGGCGGUGCACUUCAGAGUGGGCGACCUGCACACCCCUUUCCACGUGCUAAAAGUUGGAGUGGCAGCUGAGCAGGGACGUGUGAGCAAACUGCAGGAGGGAAACCACCUGAGAGAGAGCGUCCAGGACUCCAUGCAGGAGGAGUCUGGACAGUGCAGGGAGGAAGACCUGCCAUCUGACGACGAAUCGGCACAGUUCAAGCAACCCACAAAAGCCUUGGUCAAGAGAGGAAGCAACAAACUGACAAAGAGAUGGAGAAGAAAAUAUUAAAAGUCCAUUCCAGUUCAUUUAGGCUGAAGAAUGAGGUUGUUCUUCCAGUUAGUAUUUUUAGACGUUUAUUUAUGCCAUGACUUGAAGCCUGGAUGUUACAUGAACAGACAUGGACCUCAUGUAGGAUUUGUUAAAAUGUUUUAAUUGAAAAAGGAUGCCCUCGCAAAGGCUGCAGUUUAUUUGACAAAAUGGGCUUAAUACAAUAGUUCUGGGCGCUCUGGUGGCACAGCGGCCUAAUAUGCUAGCUGACCACUGCAGAGUCUUUGAGGUCUUGAGUUUGAAUCUCAGCAUUGUUACUGGCGUCGGUGCAGUGUUAGUGAGGAGAAGCCUCAGCCGAUCCUCUCUCCCUCAGACACAGAAAACGCACCCAGCCAGGCCUGAGAGUCAAACUCUUGUGGCAGGGGGAUGAGCUUAUUAGGCUGCCACCCCACCCAACUGCCCCCAUAUGUUUUAAUAACAACAUUUUUCUUUAUUUUGUAUGUCUUUACAAUAAUUGUAUGUAAUUACAAUACAUAAACAAAUAAUAAAUAAUUUAAAAACA